GCAAUUGUCGGAUCCGUGGAGCGGAAGUGGAACAAACGGACUCCGUAACGGCAUUUGCGAAAACUGAAAAUCACAUAGGCUAUUUAUUCAUCAUCAAGUUGAAGCCACCGUUUUAUAACAGUGUGACAUUCGGGAACGAAAUUAAAUGCCUUAAACGAGGUAUCAAUUCAUCCUAAUUCAAUGCAAAUCAUUUUCAAUAAUACCACAGCACAGAUGAAUUCUCCGGCGACUCUCCGAUAUCUCAGCACUAGUUCGAGCUUUAGGAAACCUAAUUUCUUUGCUAAACAGUUAGUAUUCAAUGACAAGUUGCCUUCAAGCUGCAAAUUUCCGCCCAAUCACAAGUCUUUCAAAUUGAUUACUGCUAACACUUUCUUCAGAACCAAGAUUCCGGUUCGGAGUAAUCGAAUACGAACUUCUUCCAAUGAUUCUCAAUCAGUACAGCAACAAGGGAGCUUUGUGGAGUUCAUCACUUCCGAGAGAGUGAAAGUUGUGGCAAUGUUAGCCUUAUCUUUGGCUUUAUGUAACGCAGAUAGAGUUGUUAUGUCAGUGGCUAUAGUUCCCCUAUCUCUUUCUCAUGGUUGGCGUCAAUCUUUCGCUGGCGUUGUUCAGUUACUAAUGGCAGUCAUCAUUUCUCUGGGGAUACCUGAUCUCGCCAAUAGCCGGGGGGACUCUGGUGGAUUACUACGGAGGUAAGUUAGUGAUGGCAUGGGGUGUGGCUUUAUGGUCCAUGGCCACACUUCUAACUCCUUGGGCAGCAGAAGUAUCAUUAUGGGCAUUACUUGCCAUGAGGAUGCUGCUAGGAAUUGCCGAAGGGGUUGCUCUUCCUUGCAUGAAUAAUAUGAUUGCAAGAUGGUUUCCUCCUACUGAGCGCUCAAGGGCUGUCGGACUUGCCAUGGCUGGUUUUCAGCUUGGAAGUGCUAUUGGACUUACCUUUUCUCCUAUACUUAUGUCACAAGGUGGCCUAUUUGGACCAUUUGUGAUAUUUGGCUUGUCCGGAUUCCUAUGGGUUUUAGUGUGGGUUUCUGCUACCUCUAGUACUCCUGAACAUAGUCGGCAAAUAUCCAUUCAUGAAUUGAGGUAUAUACAGAACAAAGGGCAGAUACACAAUAUCGUUGAGGGUAAAUCAAAAUCAAGUAAAGGGAUCCCUCCUUUCAGGCGUUUACUCUCCAAACUACCGACAUGGUCUAUAAUUGUUGCAAAUGCCAUGCAUAGCUGGGGAUUCUUUGUUAUAUUAUCAUGGAUGCCCAUUUACUUCAAAACAAUAUAUCAUGUUGAUCUUAGACAAGCAGCAUGGUUUAGUGCUGUUCCGUGGAGUAUGAUGGCGUUGACUGGCUAUUUUGCUGGGUUUCUGUCAGACAUGAUGAUCCAAAGAGGCAUAAGUGUGACCCUAACCCGGAAAGUUAUGCAGUCAGUUGGUUUUUUCGGCCCCGGUUUUUCUCUCAUUGGUUUAACCACAGCACCAAGUCCAUCCAUAGCAUCUGCUUGGCUUACUUUAGCUGUAGGACUGAAAGCAUUUAGUCAUUGUGGCUUCCUUGUCAACCUUCAGGAGAUUGCCCCGCAGUAUUCUGGCGUUCUCCAUGGUAUAUCGAACACCGCUGGUACUUUGGCUGCGAUAAUUGGAACUGUUGGUGCUGGAUUCUUUGUUGAACUGGUGGGAUCUUUCAAGGGAUUUUUGGUGCUUACAUCAGUCUUGUACUUUUCUGCUGCUGUCUUCUGGAAUGUAUUUUCCACCGGGGAGAGAGUAAAGUUUGAUGAUUCCACUUUAGAUUAAUUUUUUGAUGGUUUGUUUUCCUGUUUACUUCAUCAGUCCAAAAGGAUGGAUAGGUGUAUUAUAGCCUUAAAAGUUUCUUUCUCAAAAGAGAAAUGCAAGGACCGUAGUCCUUGUUCUCCAUUAUAACGAUGUAAAUAUAGUCAAGUUCUAUGAGAUAUCUGACGAUAGUGUUGUUUUUAAUUUUACAAGUUGGGAAUUCACCACUAAACUUGCCUGGAAAUGUAAAUUAGUACCCCUGUGAUGAUUUGAUGUGGCGAAAAAAGUUCAAUCAAUCCUAUAAUUGCAUGUG